AUGGACCCCUUUUUCCGUAUGGAUCACCUUCCCCAGUAUGGAUCACCUUCCCCAGACCUCCUUCCCGGCUAUGGGGCCUCCUUCCCCCCAGUAGGACCCCUUCCCCAGUAUGGGCCCCCUUCCGCAAAAAGGGCCCCCUUCCCCGGCUAUGGACCUCCCCUUUCCCCCAACUAUGGGCCCCUUCCCCUAGCUAUGAACCUCCUUCCCAGUAUGGUCACCUUCCCCAGCAUGGGCCUCUUCCCCCGCUAUGUUAUGGACCUCCUUUCCCAGUAUGGACUUCCUUCCCCAACUAUGGAUAUUUCCCCGUUGGUCACCUUCCCCCAGCUAGGACCUUUUUUCUCCAGCUAUGGACCCCCCUUUCCCCCGCCCAUGGACCCCCUUUCCCCGCUAUGGAUCAUACCCCAGUAUGGGGCCCCUUCCAUACAGGAUAAUUUCCCCCGCUAUGGACCUCUUCGCAGCUAUGGGGCCCCCUUCCCCAACUUGGAUUACCUUCCCCCGCUAGGAUACCUUCCCCCGAUAUGGACCUCCUUCCCCAGCUAUGGCCCCUUUCCCCAAGCUAUGGAUCACCUUCCCCCCCUAUGGAUCACCUCCCCCGUACCUCCCCCGCUAUGGAUCACCUUCUCAGUUUUGGGCCUCCUUUCCCCCGUUGGGAUCACCUUCCCCCGCUAUGGACCCCCUUCCCAGCUAGGAUAUCUCCCAGCUAGGACCUCCUUCCAAAGUAGGACCCCCUUCCAGUAG